AUGUCGGCCACGGGGACUUUUCGGGGAACACCCAAUAAGACGAUCGGCAGAGGAAGGCUGCCCGACUUUGGAGGAGAUUCCAGUGCUUCCCACAUCCCUCGGCCCCGUCCAGAAUCUUCAGCUACUACCCAUACCCCGUCCAGCGACGUUGGAAGUGGCACCAUGUCCGCCGCCAGCAGCAGACAAAGACAGAAUCAGUCGAAGCGUGAUGAGGCUAUCCGCCGCAAGAUGGAAGCCGACCUCAACAAGAAGAGGAACGCCCCGGCGAAAUCAAGAAGUUCCCGCAAAGCCCCUCCCGGUACCGUUCUCGCCCUGAAGCCCAGCCAGGCCCUUCAGAUCAAGCCUUCACUCAGCAUUGCCGAGGCCGCGCAGCUGAUGGCUGCGAAGAGAGAGGACUGUGUUUUGGUCACCGAUGACAAUGAGCGCAUCGCUGGUAUCUUCACUGCCAAGGAUCUGGCUUUCCGUGUUAUUGGAAUGGGUCUUAAAGCCCGCGAGGUUUCUGUCGCCGAGAUUAUGACCAAGAACCCUCUGUGUGCGCGAACGGAUACCAGUGCUACCGAUGCGCUCGAUCUCAUGGUGCGAAAGGGAUUCAGACAUUUGCCGGUUAUGGACGAGAACCAGGAUAUCUCUGGUGUUUUGGACAUUACAAAGUGCUUUUACGAUGCUAUGGAGAAGCUCGAGCGCGCCUACAGCUCGUCUCGCAAGCUGUACGACGCGUUGGAGGGUGUGCAAACCGAGCUCGGCUCCAGCCAGCCCCAGCAGGUCAUCCAAUAUGUUGAGGCUCUGCGCUCGAAAAUGUCUGGUCCUACCCUUGAGACUGUUUUGGAUGGUAUGCCGCCAGUCACUGUCUCUGUCCGCACCACCGUUAAGGAUGCCGCGGCUCUCAUGAAGGAGCACCACACCACCGCCCUGCUUGUCCAGGAUCAGGGUUCUAUUACUGGUAUCUUUACCAGCAAGGAUAUCGUUCUCCGUGUCAUUGCCCCUGGUCUUGACCCUGCAACCUGUAGUGUCGUCCGCGUUAUGACUCCUCACCCCGACUUUGCCCCGUCGGAUAUGAGCAUUCAAGCCGCUCUUCGCAAGAUGCAUGGUCAGUUUGUUCGUCCCAUUUAUGUGAGCGUUGAAAUUGACAUUGUACUAGAUGGCCACUACCUCAACCUCCCCGUGAUGAAUGAGGGUGGUGAAAUCGUCGGAAUGGUCGACGUGCUGAAGCUCACAUAUGCCACUCUUGAGCAGAUCAACACUAUGUCUACUCAGGAUGAUGAGGGUCCCGCUUGGAACAAGUUUUGGUUGUCGAUGGACCACGAGUCGGACUCUAUGGUCUCUGGAAGCCAGAGCCACCAGCCUCAUACCCCACACCGCUCAGUGAUGAGCCCCGAUCUUAACCGUUCAGGCUAUGACAAUAGUCUACUCCCUAACGAUUCCGCCUCUCACCACGGCGAUGAGCACUCCGAAGUCGUCUCUCAGCACAACCCAACAGACCAGGCUACUCCCUUCCCCUUCAAGUUUAAGGCUCCCAGCGGCCGAGUUCACCGUGUCAACGUUCUCACCACCGACGGUGUUAGCGCCCUUGUGUCGCAGGUCACAGCGAAGCUUGGCAAGGAACUCGAGGCUGUUGGUGGCGAGGCUACCGUUGAGGAGGGUACUUUGAGCAACACUGGAUAUGCUCUCAGCUACAUGGACAACGAGGGUGAUACCGUCUCCAUCACAACAGAUCAGGAUAUGACAGAUGCUAUUGAUCUGGCUCGCCGCACCCACCGCGACAAGGUCGACCUGUUCGUUCACGACCCUACCCAGCCUCCCAUCCCUGCCACUGUUGAGCCUCAACCAGCCCCCGUCAUGACCCCGGUUCAGGAGCAGAGUGUUGUCGAUCAAGUCUCAGAAGUGUCCCCGGCGCCUACACCCCGCUCGCAAUCUAUGCCCUCCCAGGCCCCAGAGAAGGAAUUGAUUGCGGGUGUUCCCAAUGACUUGCUGCUCCCCGGUGCCAUUGUCACAUUGGCGGCAGUCAUUGCGGGUGUGUUUAUUCUCAGCCGCCCCAGCGGCCGGUAA